AUGGUUGUGACUGGAGUUGGGGGUGUUGGAGAGCUGACUUACAUGCGGUUCAGGCUUGGGGGCCAAGUGUGGGACUCUGGGGAGGAACAGCUGGGAGGAGAGGCCUUGGUUCGAUUCAAGGACAGCCCCCUCCUGCCCAACUGCGGUCCGUGGGCGGUGCGAGGCAACUAUAAGGGGCAUCGGCACAGGCUGCCUCCAGCCACCAUGUACACACAAAGGCUGCUUCUGCUGCUGCUGCUUCCUGCUCUGGAGCUUGCAUUUCGACCCCCGCAGGCCCCUGAGGCAAGCAACAAGCUCUGUGGCCACCACCUGGUGCGCGCGCUUGUGCAGGUGUGCGGGGGCCCACGCUGGUCCCCCGAGGCCACGCAGUCCGUGGACACCAGUGACCGGGAGCUGCUGCGGUGGCUAGAGCAUCGGCAGCUCCUGCAUGCAGUUGCGGCUGACGCGGACACCGCACUGGACCCCGGCCCACAACCUCCUCCCCAGGCUCCUCAGCGCCGCCGCCGCAGUACAGCCACCAGCCCUGUACACCGAUGCUGCCUCACUGGCUGCACCCAGCAAGACCUGCUGCGCCUCUGUCCCCACUGAAUGG